AUGCCCGGCAAGCCCGGCAUUCUCACGAUCUUGCUCUUUGCGGCGUCCGCCCUCGCCGCGGCGGCGGCGGCGGACACCGCCAACAUCGCCGUCUACUGGGGUCAGAACGCCACCGAGGGCACGCUCAGGGACACAUGCGGCACGGGACUCUACGCUUACGUCAACCUCGCGUUCCUCUCCAUCUUCGGCGCCGGCCGUGCUCCGGUCCUCAACCUCGCAGACCACUGCGACCCACCCUCGGGGUCGUGCGCGACCCUCGCCGCCGACAUCGCGUCAUGCCAGUCCGCCGGCGUGAAGGUGCUGCUCAGCAUGGGCGGCGGCGCGCUCGGGUACAACCUGUCCUCGCCCUCCGACGCGCAGGCCGUGGCCACCUACCUAUGGGACAACUUCCUGGGCGGCACCGCCGCCGGCGCCGCCGCGCCCCGCCCGCUCGGCGACGCGGUGCUGGACGGCGUCGACUUCGACAUAGAGGCCCCGUCGCUGUACUACGACGACCUCGCCAGGAGCCUGACGUCGCUGUACAAGGGCGACACGGGCGGCAAGAAGUACAUGCUCACCGCGGCGCCGCAGUGCCCGUUCCCGGACGCGUCCCUCCAGACCGCGCUCGCCACGGGGCUGUUCGACCGCGUGUGGGUGCAGUUCUACAACAACCCGCCGUGCCAGUUCGCGCGCGGGGACGCGGGCACGCUCCAGAGCGCGUGGGGGCAGUGGACGGCGGCUCUGCCGUCGGCGUUCGUGUACCUCGGCCUGCCGGCGUCGCUGGAUGCUGCCGGCAGCGGGUUCGUCGACGCGGACACGCUCGUGUCGCAGGUGCUGCCGAUGGUCGAAAGCGCGCCCAAUUACGGCGGGGUCAUGCUGUGGAGCCGCUCCUACGACAAGGUCUCUGGUUUUAGUGUGAAGCUGCAGAGCAACUUGCAGAACCGGAACAAAAACACAGGGAACGGCGCAUCCUCAGAUUACAAAAAGAGAAUAUAUAUAAUAGUAGGAGUCAUUGGUGGCAUCUUCCUGCUGCUCCUGCUUCUUACCACUUGUUUCAUCUGCCAUAAGAAAUACCGCGGCUUGUCGCCUCCUGUGGAGGGAUCGACCACCCCUCCAAGCAAAGAGCCAUCUGAACCAAAACUGGGAGCUCAUCAUCCAAAAAGAUACACC